UUAUAUAUAUUUUAUUUUUUAUGAAAAGAUAAGAUAAGAUGCGUAAACAACAGAAAAUUAUUAUGGCUCCUAUCAUUGCACACAAUUAUGAUUACCAACAGCUCAUUUUUUGUUCGAGGCACACACACUCGACCGUUUCUCGCUCACACAUCAACGGAUUUUCCAAUAAAAAACUUUGACGCGCUUCCAAGUGUCGCUGAUUAAAAAGUAUUUGAACGUUCAGGUGUUUAGGUGGCAAUUUUAUUUUGUGUGCGUUUUUUCUUGAUAACGCGUCCAUCAACGCAGCACCGCGAAGAACUGCUCAAUUUUGAUACAUUUUUAAAUUAAAUCAGUGGUCAGUUGUGAUAAUAAGGUGAACUGAUUAAGACACAUCUAAUCAAAGGGAAGAUAAUAUUUUUGAAUAAUAAAAAUAUUAAAAAUACAACUUGUAAAUUAUGGUGCUCCAGAUUAAGCAGGAUCUUGUAAAGAUGGAACAACCGCCGCAACAGCAAUCGUCAACGAUGCAAGAAGACGAGGGAAAGGAAUCACCGUCAUCAGCUCAGCCAAAGGACGAACCGGCCGAAGUUAAAUCUGAGGAGGUGAAAGAGGAGGCAACGACUGGUGUUGCAGCGGCACGACAUCAACGGAUGAUAACCGAGUCAGGUCAUAUAAGAGAAAUAUCGGAGAACCAACAGCCCGAACAUUAUGCCCAAACAUCGGCGGAGUACCAUCCACAAAGUAUCGCUUCUGCUAUCGCAGUUUCAGGUCAGCAAUAUGCCCAACAACCUACUCCGGUAUCUGCUGCCACGGAAGAUUCCUACAACCAAGUCGUCAAUCAGCAUCGAUCACCGCGUGACAUCGAAACAAAAAUAAACGGAAUCAACUUGCAAUCACACCAAGCAGUUUUUGUCCAAGUGAAAGAAAACGACGACUACGUCCGUUAUCAGCCGCAAAUUCUUCGUUACGAGCAUCCCGUGAACGAGCGUUUCCAUUCGCGAUACCAUUCGUACUCGCAUCCACAUUCGUCUCAAGUGAAAACGGAAAUUGAAGGCGAAGCACAUGCAGCGCAGCAACACCAGCCACAACACAUAAUUUACCAAGUUUCAGAGUCUGCGGAAACAAGUCAAAUGGUGGAAAGUGCGGGAGAACCAAAAACGCAAUACACAAACUUGGAGCCGAUGCAAAACUCUGGUCAAAGUUUCUUCACGAAUUUGGAGGAAUAUCAAUCAGGCACCAGCAGUUUGGCAUAUUUGGGUCAGGGAGCUCCUAAAAGUGGUUACUACAUUCAAACGAGUGGAAGUCCACCGAAUCAUGUUUUGUACAAAAAUGAUCCAACGUUAUCCAGUGCGGUGCCACAAACAAAACAACACCAAUAUUCACAAUUUUCUAAUGUGCAGCAAAUGUAUGAAAAUACGACAGUCCAACAGGGCUCGCCUAAUCAACAACAAAUUUAUGCGACAUAUUGUAAGACAGACAACCCAUACUGGCACCCAAAUGUCACAGGAAUCGAUGCCAAUAACUUAAAUGGAGCAAUUGUCAUCGAAAACAAUGACUAUCUCCCAAAUGGAGCCGCACAAUGGAUACCUGAAGGAUACACUUCUGAAGUUCCUGAGCAGCCGAGAGAAUGCCCCGGGUGCUCAUCAAUAACGACAUCUUACACUAUGGACAAUCGUGGAUACCUUAUAUGCUUGAAAUGUUACCAAAAUUCACCACAAAUAAUGCAACAAACACGAGCGCAAUCCACUCGAACCCAAAAAGCAAAAACGCAAUCCCAUCAAAAUCCUGCAGCAAAAUCGAACCGUUCGAAUGUUACGUGUGCCAACUGCUCAACGAACGCCACUACGCUGUGGCGUCGAAAUAACAAUGGUGAACCAGUUUGCAACGCAUGCGGCUUAUACUUCAAGUUACAUGGCACUUUGCGACCGCACUCGAUGAAAAAAGACGGAAUUCAAACCCGGAAACGCAAACCAAAGUCGCAAAACUCCAUGAAAAUGCCACAAGACAUGUCUAGUCACGUCAUGUCAGGAUGGUCGCAUCACGGAGGUGCUCAUAUAAAAAAUGACAAAUUUCCUUUGUUGCCAUCGCAAAUUGCCGCGCACCAUGAUUCUUCAGUGAAAAUUUAUCCAGGAGUUCCCCCACCAGCACAUUCAACGGCUUAUCAAGUGGCCGAGCACGUGCCUAGUCUACAUUACUUAUCAGCUCCUCAACAAUCAAGUCAUUCCCCGCUGACGCAAAGUCAUAUAAUGUCAGCUGCUCUAGCACGUCAUGGAGCUUCCUCAGCACCUCCAGCAGAGCCCAGUCGCCAACAAGGAGAAACAACGACAAUUAGCGUCAUUACAAGCACAAACAGCUCAGUCGAGCGAAUGCCAAAUACGUCGAGUGUUUAGAAAAACAGCAGAAAACCAAAUAUACUUAAACCUUACUUAAACUUAAAGAAAUACUUAAACCUUAAGAUUUGUAAAAAUAUUUAACAGAAAAAUAAUAAA